AUGACUCUAUUCAAAGCUAAACGUAGGAGAUCGCGUUCUAGCUUCAACAUUUCAAAUAUGAGGGUAAUGGCGGAUCUUAAAUCAACUGCCUCCUCUCAAGGAUCAUUACAGAAAAAUGCACGGAAAAGUAUAAUUCCCAAGCCACUCGCAGGUAUAAUUAAAGAUGUGCAAGAUAGGGCACCAAGUUACUGGUCAGAUUGGAGGGAUUCAUGGGACUAUCGUGUGGUGCCGUCUGCGGUGGAAACAUAUUUUAACAAUUUACUUCCUGCCUUAGCAUUUGCGCAGGAUAUGUUUGACCGGACAGACCAUGCAUUUGGGGUAAAUGAAGUUUUGCUUUCCAGUGCAAUGGGAGGUAUAGUCUUUGGUAUUCUAGGCGGUCAACCGCUUUGCAUCGUCGGAGUUACAGGUCCUAUCAGCAUUUUCAAUUAUACGGUUUAUGAUAUUAUAUCUCCCCUCAAUACCAAUUAUUUUGGAUUUAUGUUUUGGGUUUGCAUUUGGUCAAUGAUUUUACACCUUCUAUUGGCCGCUUUUAACGCUGUUUGUUUAUUGCAAUAUGUUACAACAUAUCCGUGCGAUAUCUUCGGUUUAUUCAUUAACGUUGUUUACAUUGAGAAAGGAAUCGAAAUAUUGACAAGACAGUUUCAUGAUUCAGAAGGACAGGUAGAUGUAGCAGCUGGCUUUGCAAGCAUCACAGUUUCGUUGCUUAUGGUUAUUUUUGGCUUGUCCGGAAAACUUUUCACUUACACUCCUCUUUUCAAGCAUUGGAUUCGUACAGUCAUUGCAGAUUAUUCAACCGCUCUUUCUGUUGUAUUUUGGUCUGCAUUUACACAUUUUGGUGGGUUCCUCAACAAUGUAAAUUUCCAGCGACUACCGAUUACCAAAUCAUUCCAUCCAACUUCCGUAACCAGAGAUCGGGAUACUUGGCUUGCGUAUGCAUCCAUUCCAGUACGAGAUGUCUUCAUUGCCCUUCCGUUUGGAAUAAUUCUAACCAUUUUAUUUUAUUUCGACCAUAACGUUUCAUCACUUAUGGCUCAGAGAUACCAAUACAGAUUAAAAAAGCCGUCAACCUUCCAUUACGACUUUGCUCUCUUAGGCGUGACCACUGCUGUGAGUGGGGUACUUGGGAUUCCAGCCCCUAAUGGAUUAAUUCCCCAAGCUCCUCUUCAUACGGAAUCCUUACUUGUUCGAGAUGAAGCCGGAGAGGUGCAACGAUGUGUGGAGCAAAGAUUCACUAACACCGUACAAGGUAUCAUGACCUUGGUUACAAUGGCAAGACCUUUCCUGAUUUGCCUCGGAGAAAUACCACAAGCUGUGCUUUCAGGGUUGUUUUUCAUAAUGGGCGCGCAAGGCCUAUUCAAUAAUGUGAUAAUAAGACGGAUUAUAUGGAUAUUUACAGAUUCCAAGAAGAAAGACAAGGAGAAUAAGCUAUCAACCAUCCCGAAUAAGGUAUUAAUAUUGUUCGUGGCAAUUAGUCUUGCGGGGUUUGUAGCCGAAUUUGCCAUAACGAACACUAGAGGAGCAAUCGGAUUUCCUUUGAUUCUGUUGCUAACUGUAAUUGUAACCCUUGCUUUCCCGAAACUAUUUGAUGGAGAUCAUAUAAGUGUUCUGGAUGAACCAGUAGCGAAAGAAUUUACUCUCAAGAAUCUGAGGGCAGAAAACCUUGAUUUACAAAAAUCUUAG